GACUGAGCACUUUGAUCAUUAGUAGUGUUCCAGUUGUGUUUCUGGUGAGAUUCAAUCGUGUCAUCCACACAGAUCUUCAGUGAUACGCUCGAAAAUGGGUCUUCUGGGCAAUUUCAUCCUCAUCUUCAUCGGCCUGAUCGGCUUCAUGGGCGUGAGAAUCUACAGGCAGUCGUUCGCGCCACAGCCAAAGCCCGAAAUGGACGUGGCCGCGUACUGGGGACCAGGAGACAAGGCCCUGUACAAAGAGGACACCGCCGUGCAUCCCUUCAAGAUCUCCUAUUCCGAGGAAGUUAUCAAGAAACUUAAGGAGAAACUCGAAGACUUCCCUGAACUCCAUGCGCCCCUCGAGGGAGUCAACUUUGAGUACGGUUUCAACAGCAAUCACCUGAAACAGGUGGUGAAGUACUGGAAAGAUGGCUAUCUGAGCAAGUGGGGCCUUCGCCAGACCUACCUCAACAAGUAUCCUCACUACAAGACUAAGAUCCAAGGCCUGGACAUGCACUUUAUCCACGUGAAGUCCGAAAAAGCCUCCGACAGACCGGUUUUGCCCAUUCUGCUGCUUCACGGAUGGCCAGGAUCCGUCGUAGAAUUCUAUUCUCUGAUUGAGAAGUUGAAGGGCAAUCAGGAGUACGACUUCCAGAUCGUCGCGCCCAGUCUGCCCGGCUACGGAUGGUCUCAGGCUUCCGCCAAGAAGGACUUGGGACACGUUGAAGUCGCUGUGAUCAUGCGAAACUUGAUGGUUCGUCUUGGAUAUCAGAAAUUCUACAUUCAGGGCGGCGAUUGGGGAUCAAUCAUUGGUUCGAACAUUGCUACACUCUUCCCUGAGAACGUUUUAGGCUAUCACUCCAAUAUGUGUGGAGCAAUGACUAAUGCAAGUGGUCUCAAGAUAUUCAUCGCUAGUUUCUAUCCAGAAUACUUUAUUCCCAAGGAAUACGUUCACUUCUUCUAUCCCUUCUGGUCAAAGUUUAGCUAUCUUCUGGAGGAGAGUGGAUACAUGCAUAUCCAAUGCACUAAACCAGACACUAUUGGGACAACCUUAAGCAAUAAUCCUAUUGGAUUGGUCGCUUACAUCCUUGAGAAGUUCUCCACAUGGACCAACAAAGAAUACCGAACACUGGCCGAUGGAGGACUCUCGAAACGCUUCACGAUGGAUGCUCUUCUGGACAAUAUUAUGGUCUACUACCUCACCAAUUCAAUCACUACCUCUCAGCGACUCUAUUCUGAGGCCUUUACGUUCCGUGAAUUGGGCUUGGGCAUCGAUCGGGUGCCUACACCUGUUCCUACAGGCUGUGCUCGAUUCCAACACGAUCUGUCGCACAGUAUUGAUUGGGUUCUGAAGGACAAAUACCCCAAUCUAGUCCACAGCACAUAUCACGAGCAAGGAGGACACUUUGCCGCCAUGGAAGUGCCUGAUGUGGUGUACAAAGACCUGCUGGAAUUCCUUCAGAAGGCUCAGAAUCAGGGCAAAGUCAAGAGCGAAUUGUAAGAAUGUCAAAA